CAGGUACAUACCAUCCAUUCCCAGCUCCUAUGGACGUUUACUUCACUAUCUAACCAUCAUGUCUCUCCCCUCAGAAACCGACGUCCUCGUCAUCGGCGGCGGCAACGCCGGCUUCUGCGCCGCCAUCUCCGCCGCCCAGUCCGGCGCCCAACAAGUCACCAUCAUUGACAAAUGUCCGGAAGAAUGGGCCGGCGGGAACUCCUACUUCACAGCGGGAGCGAUGCGGACUGUUCACGGGGGUCUAGAGGAUCUCCUUCCCAUCGUGAAUAAUGUCGAUGCAGCUACGGCGAAGAAAAUCGAUAUGAACCCAUACACGGUCGAUGAUUUUACGGGUGAUAUGAACCGCGUCACGGGGCGACGGACGAAUCGUGAGCUGUGUCAUACGCUAGUUCAUGAGUCGAACUCGGCGAUAAAAUGGCUCGCUGGGAAUGGGGUGCGGUUUCAAUUGUCAUUCAAUCGCCAAGCUUAUGAAGUCCAUGGCCGGAUUAAGUUCUGGGGUGGUCUGGCGUUGAAAACUCAAGAUGGGGGCAAGGGACUCAUUCAGGACCAUUUGCAGGCUGCUCGGAGACUGGGCAUUCGGGUCUUCUUUUCCACAGCGGCGCGGAAACUCGUCACGGAUCCGGGGACGGGGGCUGUCACGGCCGUGGUGGUCUCGCAUGAUGGUCGGGAUCAGGUCCUUCGGGCUGGCGCGGUGAUUCUCGCCGCGGGGGGCUUUGAAGCGAAUCCGCGGAUGCGCGCGCAGUAUCUCGGCCCGCAUUGGGAUGUGGCGCUGGUGCGCGGCACGCCGUAUAACUCCGGGGAUGGGUUUGAGAUGGCGAUCCGGGAUGUAUCUGCCCAGCAAGCGGGCAAUUGGUCCGGCUGUCACUGUGUGGCAUGGGAUGCCAAUGCGCCGGCGGAUACGGGGGAUCGGGAGAUCUCAAAUGAGUUCACCAAGUCCGGGUAUCCGUUGGGGAUUAUGAUCAAUCGGCAGGGAAAUCGGUUCGUGGAUGAAGGGUCGGAUCUGCGCAACUAUACGUAUGCGAUGAUCGGACGGCAGAUUCUCAAUCAGCCGGGCCACAUGGCGUUUCAGAUCUGGGAUUCCCGGACGAUUCCGUGGUUGCGGACGGAGGAGUAUCGGCCGGAGGUGGUGCAACAUAUCAGUGCGGACACGAUUGGGGAGUUGGCGCUGAAGUGUGCCGAGUUUGAUCUCGAGGAUGCGCAGCGGUUUGAGCAGACCAUUCAGGAGUACAAUCGGGCGGUCUAUGAGCGGCAGCGUCGUCAGCCGGGAGGGAAAUGGGACCCGGCUGUCAAGGAUGGGUUGUCCACGCAGUCGGAGGGGUUGGAGCUGGCGGUGCCCAAGUCCAACUGGGCGUUGCCGAUUGAUCAGGGACCGUUCCUGGCGGUUCGGGUCACGGCGGGCAUCACCUUUACGUUUGGAGGGUUGGCGGUGCGUCCGGAUACGGCGGCGGUGGUGUCGUCGACGACGAAUCGCGAAGUGCCGGGGUUGUAUUGUGCGGGCGAGAUGUUGGGAGGAUUGUUCUAUGAUAAUUAUCCGGGAGGCAGUGGACUGACGUCGGGGGCGGUGUUUGGCCGGCGAGCUGGACGAGCUGCUGCUGCUGCUGUUGCUGCUGCCAAGGUUAGGGCACGGUUGUAGCGUCUGCUUGUGUAUAUGAUCAUUAUACGGGUUGCAUGAUACGAUGAGACCAUGUUAUACGAG